AAGAGACCUGGAUACCAAUGCUCGCCCCGCUCGGAGCUCCCCAGCCAUGUUCAACCAGCAGCAGUUCCAGCAGCAGCUGCUGCAGCUCCAGCACCUCUUCCAGCAGCAGCAGCACCACCACCCCCCGGCACAGCAGGGAGGCCGUGGUUUGCCACCGCCGCCACCACCACAACAGCAGCAGAUGCUGAGCUUACGGGCAACAAAUCAACCAUCCCUACUCAAUGCCAAUCCUAUGCUUCAGCAGGCCUUACUCAUGCAACAGAUGCAAGGAAACCUGCGUGGAUUUAACAUGACAGCCCCAGCACUGCAGCAGUUUUUCCCUCAGGCUACAAGGCAUUCCCUCCUAGGGCCACCACCUGUUGGAGUCUCGUUAAAGCCGACUCGUCUGGGCUUCCCCAACCUUCCCUUCCAGCGGCAGAACCGGAUGUUUCGCAAGGACUUCCAGAGGGUCCCAGACAGGAAGCGGGAGCUAGAUGCAGGUUCUUCAUCUCAGAUGCAAGGUGAUGAGAAAAUAGAACUUCCAGGGGAACUGCGAGCAGGGUCAGAGCAGCACAACUCCUCUCUAUCCAGAGAACCAAGAACUCCAACAGAAUCUGUGUUCAACACCGAGCCUGCAGCAAAAAGACUGAAGAGUGUGACUGAAGAGUCUGCAUUAGAGAAUGCAGCAGGCAGCAAGGAAGAGUCGAGCACCCAUGUCCAAGCUGAUGGUACAAAUAAUGUAAAGCAGUACACGGCUGAAAGUCUCUCUAAAGAGAGGAAAUUCUCUGAGGAACCAAAGGCUCCUGAGGUGUUGAGCUCUGGAGGUUCACUGAAAGUGACUAUCCAGCAGAGCAGCGAGAGCAGAGCUAUCAGUACAACAGCUCUGAAACCAGGGCACUGGACCUGCGAGAUGGGCACAGCUGAUCCCAGCCCUGAAUCAGUCCUUAAAUUCUACUGUUAUAUCUGCAAGACCAACUGCUGCAGUCAGCAGAAUUUCCAAACCCACAUGGCUGGAAUUCAGCACCAGCAGCGACUUGGGGAGAUUCAGCACAUGAGCAAUGUUUGUUUUGUUUCACUACUGCCUAUGGUGAAGGAGCAGAAGUUGCUGGCAGAGAAAGAUGGGGAGACCCCGCAGCGGUGGUGUAACACUUGUCAGAUACACUUCACAGGAGAUCUGAUCAAACAUCGCAGGACCCAAGAACACAAGCUGGCCAAACGCUCACUUCGUCCUUUCUGCACUGUCUGCAGCCGCCACUUCAAGACCCCUCGCAAGUUUGUGGAGCAUAUGAAGUCCCCUGAGCAUAAACAGAAAGCCAAAGAGGUGAGACUGGGAGAGAAGGAAUUGGGCAGCCCGGAAGAUUCAGAGGAGUUGAUCACAGUGGAUGCUGUUGGCUGUUUCGAAGAUGAUGAGGAGGAGGAAGAGGAGGAGGAAGAAGAGGAGGGAGCUGGUGAGGGGGAAGACCUUGAUGUAGUGCUGGUAGAGAAUGAGGAUUCUGCUGCCAAGCAGACUGGGCUGAAGGAAGUGUCUUUGGAGGAUUACAAAGGAAGUGAGAAGUAUUGUCCAGAUACAGCCUAUGGCCUGGAUUUUCUGGUCCCCGUCGCAGGUUACCUCUGCAGGCUGUGUCACAAAUUCUACCAUAGCGACUCUGCUGCCCGGCUCGCACACUGCAAGUCCCUGAUGCAUUUUGAGAACUUUCAGAGAUACAAGGUAGCAAGGCAUCGUGCCCCAGCUGCCUAUCCGGAGGCUCCUUUGCAUUCCCAGGGCUCCAGCUCCCAAUUGCUGGAUGAUCAGAAACAGCCUCCUGCUACAACAGGAGAUACCAGCAAGAAGAUGAAUGCCAAUCACGGGAUAGACAAGGAGGGUACAGAGCUGUCAGCACUGCAAGAACAAGCUUCGAGGUCUCCAGAGGGUAAGGGCAAGCUGGCCGCCUCUGUAGCAGAGGGCAGAAGCCUAGCCAGCAUGACUGACGUGUGUGGAAUCACGGUUGUAGAAGAAGAAAACCUACAGGAGAGCAAAUCCACUGCCACUAGUGCCGAUUGCCCGCUCCCCGAAGAGAGCAGCGCCGCAGGGGAGUUGUUGGGACAUGCUGUGUAUGAGGAGGAAGAAGCCAAUGCAGCCAGGCAAGGGGAAGGCACGUACUACUGCCAGGAUGCAGGGAGCGGAGGGGGGUCAGGACAGAAAGAGGCAGCAAACGUAGGCCAGGAGGCAGCAGCAGAGCCCUCCUCCCUAGCCAAAGGUGAGGCAGCCAGUCUUACCUCUGCUGGGUGCAGACGCUCUUCUAGGCGCAAACCCAGAUAGAGUGGCCUUAAAGGGAGAGCCCUUUACACACGAUAUUUGCUGGAAAUGUUUAUUUUCGGAGUCUUUUAAUAGAGCAAAAACCUUCAACUUUACUGCUGUUUUUAUUUUAAGAAUAAAAUAAGCCUGGCUUUAGCGUGUCUAAUA